AUGUUUCUUCCCCCUGUAGAAGAAGCAGCGGAAAGCCCCAGAGGAAGACCUCCAGUUAUUAGAGACUACAACAAUAAAAGAAUUGCAAUUCCUCAAAACAGGCCCAUAAAAGCGAUCAGGAAACCAAUCCACUCACAUGAUGCUCGUUCCAUGGAACGGGCAGGUUUGGCCACGGUAAUAUUGCUGUUCCAUAGCCUAGGAAUAUAUAUAUACUGGUUAGUAUCUUGUUGUCACUUGCCAUAAACUAACUGUAUUCAAAGAUUAGUAAAGUGUGCAUUUGAUUCUUCGGCUUUCAAAUCGUUAAAAAAGUUUCUAAAUAAUUGAGCACUUUUUGAUUGGAGACGUUCGAAAAUACGUCAACUCUACAUUUAAAUCGUGGCGGGAAAGUGCCACUGAUUUUAAAUUUUAAAAGUUGGAUGUUGUACUUAAGAUCUGUAAGAGAAUUAUUUGAUGAGAAUAUUUAUACAUACUCAUUACAGGCGGGAAAGGAAAAAGAAAGCUGACAUAAAGGAGGCAGAAACAGAAGUAAAAAGUCAAUCAGAGGUAGGAAAUGUGGAAAACAAAGGAAGAAUUUCAUCUAUCCAAGACGUGGAAGUGGAAUUUAAAGGAUUAAGUGGUCAAGGUACGAGUGUGAGCGAAGAUAUUUCAAACAAUCAAGAAGAGAAGAAAAAUGCUAAAGAUUUUCAAGCUUGUCAACAACUGCUUGAUAAUGAAACAGUGUCCAAGGCCUCUGACAAUCAAAACCUAUUAAACCUGGUGAAGGAUAAUACAGACAGUCGAGAUGGGGUGGACAGUGAAACUUCACCUCGCCACGAAGAGCAG